UGAUCGAAAAUGCUUUGUAGAGGAGUUUUAAUUUCAACAUCCUUAUCCUGUUUCUAUGUUUUGUAUUGUAUCAAAAGUUGGAAAAGUUGUCAAACUACAAGCGCGAAAUAAAAACUAAAAAUGUUAUAAGUUUCUACUAGAGUAAAUUCGGCAUGUGUUGUAUGUAUUAUUAAAUACUAAAACAACGAACCGCAAAGUAUUAAAUUGCCGGAAUUUGUAAUAGAAGCAGGUGUAACGUAAAAUAUCUUUGCAACAAGUAAAGAUGCAUAAACAUGACAACAGAACUCUGUGGCGAAGACGUUAUUGUGCGCUUAUCAUCACCUCAAAUUAUAUCUACGGAGACAAUCGUAGCAGCGUCUACGGCCAGUAAUGGUGGUGCAGGUGGAGCGAGCAGCUCGGGGACGCGCGUGCAGGCGGGUGGCGUGGAGCUGGGCCGACGCUUGCUGCUGGCGGCGCGGGCUGGCGACACCGGCGCCGUGCUCGACCUCAUGGCGAAGGGAGCGCCUUUCACUACGGACUGGCUAGGCACGUCUCCGCUGCACCUGGCGGCCGCCAACAACCACGUGGAGACGUGCGCCGUGCUGCUGCGCGCCGGCGUCAGUCGCGACUCGCGCACCAAGGUGGAGCGCACGCCGCUGCACCUCGCCGCGCACGCCGGACACGCGCGCGUCGUGGCGCUGCUGCUGGACCACGGCGCCAUGGUCGACUGUCGGGACAUGCUGCGCAUGACGCCGCUGCACUGGGCGGCGGCGCGCGGGCACGCGGGCGCGGCGCGCGAGCUGCUGCGGCGCGGCGCCGACGCGCGCGCGCGCUGCAAGUUCCGCAAGACGCCGCGCUGCCUGGCCGCGCGCCGCCGCCGCGCCGACCUGCUGGCGCUGCUCGACGCCGCCGCGGCGGGCGCGCUGCCCGACGCGCCCGAUCAAAUGACAGACGACACUUCGAAAAUGGAACAAGGUUUUGAAACAAUUCAAAGAACGCAAGAUAUCAAACCUCUAACUAAAGUCAGAGUACAGCCAGAGAGAACGAUAAUUAUUGAAUCAAAAACGGAGCCAGUCCCGAGCUCGAUGUGCAGCGGCGUGGCGUCGGGCGCGGCGGGGGGAACGAGCAGCGCGGCGGGGGCCGCGGGGAGCGCGGCGGGGGGCGCGGGGGGCGCGGAGGGCGGCGCGGCGGCGCUGCUGCGCGCGCACGGCAUCACGCUGCUGCCGGCCGACCGCGGCUGCACCGUGCUCACGGCGCUGCGCAGCGGCCGCACCGUCAUGCUCUCCGAUGCUGGUAAGCUAAUGUUGAAAGAGAGCGGCGAUGGCGUUCCCUCGACUGAACCUCGGAUCGUCGUCAACGACACGAUAGCGACCUCGGCCAGCAACACGACUGUCGACGGAACAAGUGCAGCGAUGGAUAUUAUAAGCACAAGUGGUGCAGUCGGUGCGGGCGGGGCGGGAGGUGCUGGCGGCGCGCUAGUGCGCGCGGUGCGGACGAUGCGACCCGCGAGGAACGUUAAAGUGGUAACGAUUAACAAGCCUCAGCAACCACUCAAGAAGAUCAUUCAUCCGAGUGACCUACAGCAAGUGAAGCUCGUGCAGGUGUCAGGCGCGGAGGGCGCGGAGGGCACGCGGGCGCGGCCGGCGCUCAAGCUAUUGCUGAACAAGGCCAACCUGCAGCGCCUGCUCGCCUCCGCAGAGCCGCGACGAGCCGUACCUGCUACCUCGCAGCCGGUCGCAGAGCUUCCGGCCGAAACAGUGAACAUGGAGACGGAGGAGGCCGACGCGGCGGCCGCGGGCUCGGAGUCGGUCGGCGCUCUGCGCGCGCAGCUGCUCGCCGCGCACGCCGCCAUCGCCAACAUGGCGGCCGAGCUGCGUGUGUGUCGCGCUAAACUCGCACACUACGAAAAAGAUCGACCACAGUGAACAUGCAUAUGCCGCCAUUUGGUCAGGAAAUUUACACAGAAAAGGUUUUCGAUAGCGAGAGAACGCACCGAAGCAAAAGCCGUCGAAAUCACUCAAACUAGGCCACAUGUGUCCGCUCAAGCGACUGUGGAGUAUAGUAUUAGUUUUAGUUCUCGAUCUGUUUGAUUUUUUAAUUAUGAUGUAUUUUUAUACGAGUCGAUAAUACAAGGUAAUAUAAAAUUAUUUGGUUUUGUAAAUAAAAAUAUCCAUAUCACCACUGAAGUGUCUUGUAUCUUUGUGAAGACUGAGCUCUCUUGAAUUAAAUUUUAUAAGAAAUCGCACAAAACAAACUUUUUAUUCACUAACAAAAAACUGAAAAAUGAUAAAUAUGUUUUAAAUAUUUACAAGUCAAUGAAAAACUACUGAUAUCUACUAUUGCUAACAAAACAAUCGCAUUGCUAUAUAAACAAAUAUUUUGCGAUGUCUAUGGUCAAUUCCAAUUUAUUCCUAUAUGAUAUGGAAUAUAUAUGUAUAUUACUGAAAAACACAUUAUUCAAAUACAUUUGGCAUUUAUCAUAAACUAAGUUUAUAUUUAGAUAAAUUAAUGUAUCACAAAUUCAUCAACAAAAUCAUUAAAGUAGUUUGUAAUAAAUUAUAUGUUAGGUAUUAUCAUUUAACAACAAAUAAAAGUAAUUAAAAACCUAUAUACUCGCAACCUAGGCCGCAUGAAAACAAUCCUGUGAUUUAGUGAAAUCCGAAGUUUGUGUUCAUAUUUUUUUACUUUUAUACUAUCAUAUAUUGGUUUUAUAAAGCAAAUUUUAACAUAUAAAAUAAGUACAUAAUUAAAGACCUAAGUGUUCGAAGGUUAUGUCACAUGUUAAAAUUUUUGUAUAUGUCGUUUUCAUCAUGAUACUUUCUUCCACCCGUGUCUUCAAUUAGUAAGCCUAUUUGUAAUAAAGCGCUAUCGCCAAAUGAAACUUAUUUGUUUAACCGUUUAUCAACUAAGCUGAGUUAUCAUUUAAAUAUUACCACAGAGCACAUUAUUUCGAUUAAUUAGUGCCAAUUGUUUCAAUCAAAUCUGUUUUUAAUUGAAUUGAUUCUGUUAUUUAUUAAAAGUUAAG